GCAAAACAAAGCUGAAACGUGCAGUUGACGUUGGCAGCACCGCAGCAUAGAUCCGAACGCAACGCAGCGCACAAAAGCAACAGCACGACUUCUGCGACGACUGCCAAUUGCCGAUUGCUGACUGCGACGCUGGCAGCGUGAAAUACAAAUUAGCAAAGCGCAGCGCACAAAUAAACAAAUAAUUUUUCGCAGGCAGCAGCACAAAUAAUUUAGACAGUGAAAAAUAACAGAAAUAAAUUCGGUAAAUUCAAGAAAUCUUAAAAAAAAAAAAGCAAUUCGUUCGCCAAAUAUUUAGAGAACCUCAAAAAAAAAGUGCGUGCCAUUUGUGAAUUGUUCAGAUGCCAACCGCAUCCCAAGCCCGCCAUGGGCUUUCUCCCAAGACGACAGCUGUAGUCGCCUAAGAAUGGUCAAGCAACAGACCACGAUGUGUACGAAGUGAAAACAACAGCAUAAAUAAGGACUUAACCGCAACAAACUAUCCAUGCCAAGAGAGAAGAAGAGACAUACAUAAAACGAGAAAGAGAGAGAGAGAGAGAGAGAGAGAGAGAGAGAGAGAGAGAGAGAUAUUAACUAGCUAUACAAAAUGUGGUUACUUAGCCUUGGCCUGCAUUUGGCCAGUGGCAGCCCAACGGAGUCUCAAUUGAAUUUGGAGCUGAGCAAUGGCACAAAUGGGUAUUACCCCAAUGAUACCCUGUAUAGCACACAGUCGGGAGAGUAUUUAUCUGCCACAGGCAGUUCGAUGCAUACCACAGAUCUGCCCACGUAUCAACAUUGCAUUGCAACACGAAAUUCUUUUGCAGAUCUUAUCACUUUGGUGCUCUAUAGCCUCGUUUGUAUUGUGGGACUGUUUGGUAAUACCCUUGUCAUCUAUGUGGUUUUAAGAUUCUCCAAGAUGCAGACGGUGACCAACAUCUAUAUACUCAAUUUGGCCAUAGCCGAUGAAUGUUUCCUAAUAGGAAUCCCAUUCCUCCUGUAUACGAUGCGCAUUUGUAGCUGGCGAUUCGGGGAGCUUAUGUGCAAGGCUUAUAUGGUAAGCACCUCGAUAACGUCGUUUACCUCGUCCAUCUUUCUGCUGAUCAUGUCUGCAGAUCGAUAUAUAGCUGUCUGUCAUCCGAUAUCGUCGCCACGUUAUCGCACUCUGCAUAUCGCUAAAUUGGUAUCCGCUUUGGCAUGGAGCACUUCGGCGGUGCUGAUGCUUCCGGUUAUGCUUUAUGCCAGCACCGUGGAGCAGGAGGAUGGCAUCAACUAUUCAUGCAACAUUAUGUGGCCAGAUGCGUAUAAGAAGCACUCGGGCACCACUUUCAUUCUAUACACAUUCUUUCUGGGCUUUGCGACGCCACUGUGUUUCAUCCUCAGCUUCUACUAUCUGGUCAUCAGGAAGCUACGAUCGGUGGGUCCCAAGCAUGUGGCCAAGUCGAAGGAGAAACGAAGAGCGCAUCGUAAGGUUACACGUCUAGUUUUGACCGUGAUCACCGUCUACAUUUGCUGUUGGCUACCGCACUGGAUGUCUCAGUUGGCUCUGAUCAAUUCAAAUCCGGCACAGCGUGAUCUCUCCCGUCUCGAGAUACUCAUAUUUCUGUUACUCGGUGCUCUGGUCUAUUCCAAUUCUGCGGUCAAUCCGAUACUCUAUGCCUUUCUCAGUGAGAAUUUCCGCAAGAGCUUCUUCAAAGCGUUUACCUGCAUGAAUCAGCAGGAUAUCAAUGCCCAGCUGCAGAACGAGCCGAGUGUCUUUACCAAACAGGGCAGUCGUCGACGUGGUGGCUCCAAACGUCUUCUGGCCGCAAAUCUACAGCAGCAACAACAACAGCCGCCUCUCUUGGCUCUCCACGUGGGCAACAACAACUCAUCGACAACGACUUCAUCGACAACAACGGCUGAGAAAACUGGAUCAACGAAUGCUCCCAAGUCCAGCAGCUCCAAUGGCAAGUUAACAGUGCCAGGAGCGGAGAAUCUCAUCAUCUGUCUGAGUGAUCAGCAGGAGACUUUCUGCACGACAGCGCGACGUGGUUCAAAUCUAGUUCAGCAAACGGAUCUGUAAAAUUAAAAUACAUAUUUUAAUAAAUAUUAUAUAUAUAUAUGUAUCGAUGUAAGCUUUGAUUAUAAGAUAGAUUUGCGAUUAAGUUCUCUGGCAUUUAAAUAUGGGGUAAUAUUUUCUAUAGGUGUAUGUUUGUGUGUGUGAAUUAAAAACUAGUCAAUUUCUUCUAAGCAGUAUUACUACUCGUAUAUUAUCUUAUAAACAGCCAUAUUGUGUUUUUUUUACCGUUUUUAUACCCAACACCCGGGAAGAUGGCGGCGUUUUUGUCCCUUCGAAGUCCUGACCAACCUUACGUGACGUGUCCGUUCUUAUUCUGCCGGCUAUAUUCCCAUAUAUCCACAACUAUUUCUAAACUUAAGAUACAUAUUUUGCAAAUGUAUAUUUAUUAAGAUUUCUGUGCAAUUAAUAAAAUCAAAUUCAAUUUUUAAAUUGGCAUCUGUUCAGUAAUAUUAUAAGAAGUUGCUCAAACGAAGAGAAAGCAUUACGAAGAGGUGUUUUCUCAAGCUAAGUAAUAUAAUUAUGUUAGAAUUAAGACAAUUCAUAUAUAUACAUAAAUGUUCUUCUUAUUGGAUCAAUAAAUAUACAAUUUAAAUAAA